AUGACUGGUGACGAGGUCAAAGUACUGUUCCAAGGUGAAGUUGACGAGGGCUCAGGCUCUUCAGUGAUGGAGGCAAUGGUGCCACUCGGCCAGAUUAUGGAGCUGGAAUUUGCGGGGAAAGGAGGCACGGCAGUAGGGCUUGUUGGAAAGACGGAUGCCGUGUUCGGCACUGUAGAGGUGAGGAUUGUGCCUUUAGUAGAGAUGGUGAUCGUCGAAUUGGGGAACGGAAAGGGAACAUUCGUUUCUGUGGGAGACGCAGAACCUGACGGUAAACCGGAGACUCCAGACGGGACUACCGUGACUGGUCCCGUGGUCGAGCCCUGGACGGUUGAUGUUGCAGAUGGGCUCGUCGAGUUUGAAGCCCGGGUCGUGGUACCAGACGUCCAUGCUGGAGGGAUCGGGAUGUCAGAUAUGGACGUGAAGUUUCCUGAGGUGGUAGAUUGGGACACUCCGGAAGACGUUGGAGAGGCAAUGACAGACGAGUUCCAAGUCGACCAUGGGGACUCAACAGGCUGCGUCAAAGUCGGGCCAGCAGGGAACGAUGUGUUGAAGAGCGAACUUGGCAAGAUUGAUGUCCCUGGCGCGGUACCAGUUGUAGUCACUGACGAGUUGGACGCAGUGAACGGCGGUACCAGAGUGGCAGACCUUGAACCGGAUAAUGUCGAGGAAGCAAUUACAGUCGUGUUACUGCUGGCAGAGGAGCCGACUGAUGUUGCAGACGAGAUUGAGGAGCUCACGGCUGGAGACGGCGCAAGAGUCGUGGUGUUCCACGUUCGCCUUGAGCUUGAGCUUGAGCUUGAGCUUGUGGAUGUCUCUGAGACUGUUGUGAGGGUACCCGACUCAGUAUCUGUCGCGGUUGGUGAUGAGACAGCACCGGAUGACCUACUUGACGAUGAAGAAUCGCCCGAAGAGGCGGACGUAGGUGGGUAG